UUGCAUACGAUGUGGGGUAUUAUGACGUCAGAAGCGAAGUUUUGGUUAUUUUGGGUUUAGCCAUAGAGGGCAGUUGCGAAUUUGUUAGGGAAACUAAAACACGUUGUUGCAGUUAGUUAUCGGCACUGAAAGUGCACCAUUUUUGGGUAUUUUGACACAAGCCCAAUGUUGUUGAACCUUGCACCUGCCAGUUUGGAGUCUUGGUAUCACAAAAGGGUGUCGCUGUGUUAUUCAUUCGUCAAUGGUGUCUUUUGGUUAAGUGAAUUAAUCGUCAAUCGUCAAUCGUCAAUCACAUCAGUUCAACAACAGCUUGGUAGUGAGAGCUACAAGUCAAGAACGUCAAGAUGAAUACCAUCAGUGAAGAUGGUAAUAAUGAGACUGUGAAGUCCAGUGACGAGCUGGUUGGCCUUGGUGGUGCUGUUAACGUUGAUGACAUCACACCGCAUGAUUCAGUGAGCCAAUGUGGGGGAAGCACUACUAUCUCCACGUCAUCCAAGUCCUCAAGGCUAAAGGCUAUGGCGAGAAGGGCUGCUCUUGAGGCAGAAGCUGAAGCCUUAAGAGAGCAACAGGAGCUCGAGAUGGAAGAAUUCCGCUUGAAGCAACGCAAAGCCCAGCUGUUGCUGAAAACCCAGUUAAAGGUUGCUCAAGCUGAAGAGAGGGUGUAUCAGCAAGAUAAUGCUCCAUAUGCACAGUCUGUUGCAGGAACAGGUGGACCUACUCCCGCAAGGUCAUCCGUUGUGCCUUCAAUCACGAAUAACUACAAACCUGUUAUGAUGAAGCCAGAUGAGGACGAAACUGUACCUUCUCCUCACACACAGACGGAAAUGCUGCUGCUGCAAUUACUGGAGCAAGGACAACGACAACAGCGGGGGCUGUUAGAGUCUGUAUCCCUUCCUCAUGCCACUCUGUCUACCUAUCAAGGUGAUCCGCUGAAGUACCAUGAGUUUUGGAGGUCCUUUGAGAACAGUGUUGACCAAACUUCAGUAGACGACGCUGUCAAGCUGACACGCCUCCUGCACUAUUGUGCUGGCGACGUUAAGAAGUUGCUUCAACCAUGUAUGAUUAUGAAGCCUACAGAGGGCUAUCACAAGGCAAGGAUUCUACUCAAAGAAAAGUAUGGAAAUCCAGUAAUGAUUGCUCAUGCCUGGCUUAGAAAGGUUACUGAAGGAAAGAACAUUGCUGCACAAGACAAACAUGGACUAGCUGAAAUGGCGGAUGAAAUUCAGAUUUGUGUGCAGACGCUAGAAGCAGUAGGUCAGGCAUCUGAGCUGACUUCUCAACAUGUUCUGCUGAAGAUAGUAGAGAGGCUACCAUACCAUCUGAGGACAGGAUGGUUAAAAGUUGUAGGAAGAGCUAGAAAAGAGGGUCGACUUCCAGCUAUUACGGAUUUGGUUGCAUUCUUGCAACAGAUUGCAGAUGAAGAGAAUGACCCUGUCUUCGGUAGGCUGACAAUUAGAGAUCAAGGCAGUAAGAUGUCAGCAUUUAAGAAGUCUGGGAAGACAUCGAGAGGGGUCUUUACUACUAGUACAGAUGCUGAAGGCAGCAAGACACGGAGCUGCAUUCAGUGCGGUGGAGAGCAUUCCUUAUUCGGCUGCAGUGAGUUUAAGCAACUCAAGAUUGAGGACAGGCUUAAACUGGCCCAGAAGGAAAGAUUGUGCUACAAUUGUUUGAAGAAAGGUCACAUGACCAGGGACUGCAAGUUAAAUAGGACAUGCUCAGUAAGUGGGUGUAACAGGAAACACACCAAGUUUCUACACCUUAUCAGACAGCCUUCACAGACUGAUAGCACGGAGUCUCGGAGGGAUAUCGGAGAGUCAUCAAGUGAUGCCAGGAAUUCACCAACGUCAUCUGAAACGGAGGCAACUACUCAUCACUCGUCAUCCUCUCAUGUUGCUGAAGAAAGUUGUAGUGUCAUAGGGGCCGGUAGUAAAGUAGUGCUACCUAUUGUUCCCGUUCGAGUACGAGCUAGAGGGAAAGAGGAGUAUUUUGACACUUAUGCCUUGUUAGACACAUGUUCAACAUCAACAUUCUGCACUUUGGAGUUGACGCGUAAGAUCGGGGCUGAAGGCACAGAGCAGAGCCUUUCCAUGUCGACUCUAGACAAGUCAAGGAUUGUCACAACAUGUAAAGCAGUCAACCUGGAAGUUGAAAGUCUGUCAACUCAAUAUAGAGUCAGUCUCCAUCAUGUAUUAGCCAAAGAGAAGAUAAAUGUUAGCAGUGCACUUGCUGCUGAUAGAAGUGACAUUCGCCAAUUUGCCCACCUUGCAGAUCUGAAUCUACCGGCUGCUAGACCUCAAGACGUCAUGCUACUAAUUGGACAAGAUGUGCCAGAAGUAUUGGUACCAAAGGACGUUAAGUAUGGCGAACCCGGGCAACCUUAUGCUGUGAGGACGGCAUUAGGAUGGACCGUGAAUGGACCAGUUGGGAACCGGCACAGAGACCAUGACAUAUCGUCAAGCUUUAUUUCCAGUGAUGCUAAUUUGGAGCUUCAAGUGGAAAGGUUCUGGUCACUUGAAUCAGGGUCGCUAGCAGGACAAUCUAAGUGUAUGUCUGUCAAUGACAAGAGAGCUCUGAGAAUUUGGGAGGAUAGUAUCCAGAAGAAGGGUGAUCACUACCAGUUGUCUAUACCCUUCAAAGAGAGACCCCAAGAACUGGCUGACAACAUAUAUGUAGCAGAAAAAAGGCUACAGAGUCUUGGUAGGAGAUUGAGGCGAGAUGAGGAUCUACACAGACGAUAUACCAAGGCUAUGUCAGGAUUGGUGGAGGAUGGAUAUGCAGAGAGAGUAGAAGAAAGGAAUGCAGGUUCAGGCAAACCUGUUUGGUAUCUUCCUCACCAUCCUGUUGAAAACCCUAACAAGCCGGGCAAGACAAGAAUUGUGUUUGACUGUGCAUCUACAUACCAGGAAAGAUCGCUCAAUGAUGCAGUUUUGCAAGGCCCUGACUUAACAAACACACUUCUGGGUGUUCUCUUGAGGUUUCGACAGGAGCCGAUUGCCAUUAUGGGGGACAUCCAAGCGAUGUUCCAUCAAGUACAAGUCCCGCCUGAUGAAAGAGAUAUGCUGCGGUUUCUCUGGUGGCCAGAAGGAGAUAUUGAGAGACAGCCAAUGGUCUACAGGAUGUGUGUACACCUCUUUGGAGGGACCUGGUGUCCCAGUGUUUGCAGCUUUGUACUGAGGCAUACCGCUGAAGACCAAGCCGAAGAAUUCUCCCCAGACGCAGUAAACGUGGUAAAACGCAACUUUUAUGUUGACGACUGCCUGGUAUCAGUGAAGGAAGAAGAUAAAGCAGUUCAACUCGUAGAUGAGCUGAAGAGAAUGCUGAAAGGAGGAGGUUUCAACCUCACAAAGUGGCUAAGCAAUAGCCCAAAGGUAAUGGAGUCUGUGCCUGCUCAUGACAGGGCAAAGGAAGUGGAAGGACUCGACUUAAGUUAUGAUACCUUACCGAUUGAGAGGGCCCUGGGUGUCAAGUGGAACAUUGAACUAGAUACCAUGACGUAUGGAAUCACCCCGAAACACAAGCCCUGUACCCGUCGUGGAGUGCUGAGUGAGGUGUCCUCGGUAUAUGAUCCGUACGGAUUUGCAAGCCCAUAUGUGUUGAAUGCCAAGAUCAUUUUGCAAGAGCUUACGGCUAUGAAAUUGGAUUGGGAUGAGCCAUUGCCAGAGAAGCAGCGUGAGAGCUGGCUGAACUGGAAGAGAGAUCUGCUGCUUAUGGAGGAUUUCAACAUCAGCAGGUGCCUAAAGCCUCAUGAUUUCGGAGAUGUGACGAAGUACCAAUUGCACCACUUUUCUGAUGCUUCAGAGAGGGCAUAUGGUGUGGCCUCUUAUCUCCGAGUGACGAACCAGGAGGGCAAGGUCUAUUGCAGUCUAGUAAUGGCCAGGACUCGGCUCACUCCGCUGAAGAGAGUUACGAUACCUAGACUGGAAUUGAUGGCAGCGACGCUUGCUGUGAGACUCGAUGGUAUGCUGAGACGUGAGCUAGACUUCACCCUGAGUGACUCUGUGUUCUGGAGUGACAGCACUAUAGUGCUCCAGUAUAUCAAGAAUGUGGAAAGACGAUUCCACACAUUCGUCGGAAACAGGAUUGCAGUAAUCCAUGAAGGAUCUGACCCAAAGCAGUGGCACUACGUCAACACUCGGCAGAAUCCGGCUGACGAUGUCUCAAGAGGGAUGACAGCUGAGGCGUUAACAACCAGCGAGAGAUGGGUGAGUGGACCCAGCUUCUUAUGGUGUGAGAAUGAGUCAAGGCCUGCAAGUCAAGUCUUAAAUGAUGUCAGUCUAGAUGGCGACCCUGAAGUUAAGAGCAAGGACAAGGCUGGGGUUUAUAUGACAACUCUCUCAGAAGAAACUGCCUUAAUGAACAAACUUCUUGAACACUACUCCUCGUGGCACAGGUUGAAGAAAGCAGUUUGCUGGCUACGGAGGUACUUGAAAUGGCUGAGAUGUAAAUGUACACAGGGUCCUGAAGGCAUUUCAGCUGAACUUUUGCAUGGAAGCUUGGUGGUGGAAGAGAUGAAGGACGCAGAGGAGAAAAUUCUGCAAUAUGUACAAGCAGUCAGCUUCCCUCAUGAGAUGUCAACCUUGCAGGCUGAGCAGAAUGACAGUGCACACCAAGAACAGAGCUGUAAAUUGGUCAAGAAGACAAGUCCAAUCUACAAGCUAGACCCAAGGAUGAUAAAUGGCCUACUGAGGGUAGGAGGAAGGCUUGGCAAGGCAAUGUUGCAAGAGGAGGCGAAGCACCCAAUUAUACUUCGCAAUGAUAGUCAUGUCGCCAAGCUUAUCCUGAGUGAAAUCCAUGAGGCAUCGGGACAUAGUGGCAGAAAUCAUAUGUUGUCUUGCCUCAACCAGAAAUAUUGGAUUCCUGCUGCUGGCUCUGUGAUCAGAAGGAUACUGACUAGAUGUGUUGUGUGCAGAAGGCAGCGAGGGAAGGUUCUUGAGCAAAAGAUGGCGGACUUGCCAGUUGACCGGCUUAUUUCAGAUGAGCCCCCUUUUUCAAGAGUUGGAAUUGAUUAUUUUGGACCGUUGGAAGUGAAAAGGGGUCGGAGUGUCGUAAAGAGAUAUGGGGUGCUAUUCACAUGUCUUACUGUGAGAGCAGUGCACCUUGAGAUGGCAGAUUCCCUUGACACAAGCUCUUGCAUUAAUGCUAUCAGACGCUUCAUUGCACGCAGGGGAAAUGUGAGAGAAAUUAGAUCUGAUAACGGCACUAAUUUGGUUGGAGCAGAGAGAGAACUGAGGACCGAAAUACAAAGUUGGAACCAGGCUCAGAUACAUGAUACAUUGUUGCAGAAGAAUAUCAAAUGGACAUUCAAUCCACCCGCAGCUAGUCAUCAUGGAGGGGUGUGGGAACGCCAGAUCCGAACUGUGAGGAAGCUGCUGUGUUCCUUGGUUAAGCAGCAAACCCUGAAUGAUGAUUCAUUGCAUACACUCUUCUGUGAGAUUGAAAGCAUCAUGAACAGCCGGCCAAUCACUGAGGUGUCCAGUGAUGUAAAUGAUGUGGAAGCCUUAACUCCGAAUCAUCUGCUUCUACUCAAUGCAAAAUCACCACUGCCUCCCACAACUACCAGUGAAGCAGACAACUAUGCCAGGAGGAGAUGGCGCCAGGUGCAGCUUUUAGCGGAUACCUUUUGGUCGAGAUGGGUGAAGGAGUACUUACCACGGUUGCAAGAGCGGCAGAAAUGGGCUACUUCACGACGCAAUAUUCAGGUCGGCGAUCUAGUUUUGGUAGUUGAUGAGCACGCACCACGUAACUGCUGGCAGAUAGGAAGAGUGCUUCGAACCAUGCCAGACCGAGAAGGCAACGUUCGGCAAUGCGAAGUGAAGACGCAAACUAGCACACUUCGAAGACCUAUCGCUAAGCUCUGUUUGCUCCUGGAAGUGGAUUCCUGA